GUUUAGCUGUUUGCUCGGGUUUAUUAGUGAUUUUGUGGCCAUAAGUACACAAAGAAUAUUCAAUUGACAAAAAUAUUAACAAUUAGAGAACUGUGUAAAAUAUACAUAUAUCAGAACGAAGUGAUAAAACGAAUAUUCAUACAAAAUUGAAGUAUAUUUUGCAAAAAUGACGUUCGUCUCUGUAAUCGCCGGAGUGAUAACGCUGGGCAUUAUCGGUUAUGUUAUGUGUAAGGAUAUUAAUGAGUAUCCCAGAGAAUUAUCAUUUCAAAAUUCAUUAGAGACACCUAUUGACACAUUGAUGUCCACCAAUGAAAUACUUCAAAAUCAUUCACAUUCGAGAUCUCCCAGAUGGUUUCCCUUCUACACAAUUGGACGUUUUCCCAAUGAUGUCUGCGUGGGCGCCAAUCAGCUGGCUGGCACAUGUGUGGUGCGUGGCGAAUGCAGUGAUAACGGUGGUGUGGCGGCUGGCACUUGCAGCACCAUUACAACACAAGCAGUGUGUUGCAUAUAUCAACUGGGUUGCGGCUCUUCAACAAGUUACAACAAUACGUAUUUUUACAACUCCGGCUACCCAGGCACUUAUGCCGGUGGCGGACGUUGCACAAUUGUUGUCUCGAAAUGCGAUAGUAAUAUCUGUCAACUGCGCAUUGACUUCCUAUCGCUGUCGAUUGCGCCGCCGAACGGUGAUGGUUUUUGUGUAACCGACACCCUUACUAUAACGGGUGGAUCGAGGGUGCCCACAAUCUGUGGUGAGAAUAAUGGCCAGCAUGUAUAUGUGGACUUCAAUGGCGACUCGCCGAUCACUAUUUCCGUCGCCACAUCUGAUAGCUACACGUUCAAUCGCCAAUGGCAAUUUCAAAUCGCACAACUCGCCUGCGCAUCUGCCACGCAAGCGCCAUCGGGCUGUCUGCAAUACUACAUGGAUUCUAGUGGAACAGUGUCGAGCUUCAACUACGACUCAGCUGCUAACUCGCUUGCAAAUUCAAUUGGUGUGGCAGGCACGCGGCAAAUCGCCAAUCAGCAGUAUGGCAUUUGUGUGCGCAUGGGUGCAGGCAUUUGUUCAAUUACGUGGAGUCAAGUGAGCUCCGAUGCAUAUUCGUUUACAUUAACCAAUGAUGUGGGCGUUAUUGAUCCAUCGCUGCUCGCCACAUUAACGGUACAAAGUCAAAACUGUACAACUGAUUUCAUUAUCAUACCGAACCCGACGCAAAACGGGGCGGCAUUGCCUAGCGAUCGUUUCUGUGGACUUGGUUUGGUGAGUACAACCAGCGCGACGAAACCUUUUGUGCUUUACUCGGUGACGGACGGAAAUGAGGAUUUGGAUAUGUCGAAUCGAGGCUUUCAUUUGUUGUACUCUCAAAAUUCGUGCCCUGUAGUUUAGCGCCACUGAAGGCAACUUACUAAACUUAGGGCUUACAUUAAAAUUAGUUAGGAAUAUCUACGAGAAUAAAUGUGUGAUUUAUAGUUCAGUGUUUUAUCAAU